UUAUGUGAUGUUAUGAAGCUCUUGGACGCUUUGAGCUGCUCGUGUCUUUGGGAAACGGGAAUUUAACUGGAUUAUAUUCUAAUCGGUUUAUUAAACAAUAUCUGCUGGAGGAUGGAACUGAGGGAAAUUGUACCAAGCCUGCUUGUCCUUUAUGCUGCGUUUGGACACUUCUCCGAAUCGUCGGAAUUUAAAGUGAUUAAUGUAUUGGAGCUCCAUGAUGCACGUCAGACAGCUGCAGCUAUAGAGAGUCUGUCUGGAGCUCUGCAGACGGUAGGAGAUCUGUACAUCACCUCCACCUUCAUGCUGCCACCCAAACUCGGCGGCGUUUUGUUCGGCAUCUAUGAUAAGGAGGACAACAAGAAAUACCUGGAGGUUGCUGCUGUAGGCAAGAUCAACAAAUUACUGGUGCGAUACUUGCGCUCUGAUGGAAAAGCUCAUGCUGUCAAUUUACAAAACCCAGUCCUCGCUGAGGGACGCACCCAAUCACUUAUACUCAGAAUGAGUGGACUUAGACGCAGUCACAUAAACCUAGAGCUUUAUGUAAACUGCCGUUUGGUGGACUCUGCUCAGGGCCUCCCUUCAUUUGUCGGGCUUCCAUCAAAGGCAGAAUCUGUGGAUGUUCGCACCGGACAGAAGUCUUAUGCCAGGAUACAGGGCUCAGUAGAGUCUGUUAAACUGGCUCUCGGAGGCUCUUUAGCAACAGCUGGUCUCCUCAUUGACUGUCCAUUCAAAGGAGAUUCAACUAUCAACAAUGCAGUAGGCAGUGACAUUAAUGCAAUCCUCGGUGAUCACACCAAAGCUCUGAUUGGACAGCUGAUCAUCUUUAACCAGAUCAUGGGAGAGCUGAGAGAGGAUAUCAGAGAACAGACAAAAGAGAUGUCUCUCAUCAGAAACACCAUUCUUGAAUGUCAAGUGUGUGGAUUCCAUGAGCCUCAGUCCCGAUGUCAUCCUAACCCCUGCUAUAAUGGCGUGAGCUGCAUGGAGAGCAUGAUGUUCCCAGGAUAUCAGUGUGGCCCCUGUCCAGAGGGCAUGACUGGAAAUGGAACACACUGCCAGGACAUCGACGAGUGUACCGCUCAGCCCUGUUUCUCUGCAGAGUUGUGUGUGAACACAGCUAAAGGCUUCACCUGUGAGUCCUGUCCCAUAGGAUUCACCGGUCCAACACUCGGGGGGGUGGGUUUUGAGUUUGCCAAGAGCCUCAAGCAGGACUGUAUUGAUAUUGAUGAAUGUACUGAGCACUUUGGUGCCUGUGUGCCCAACUCAGUCUGUAUAAAUACAGUGGGAUCGUUCAAGUGUGGCCAGUGUAAAGCAGGAUUUGUUGGUAAUCAGACUGCAGGCUGUUUUGUAAGCAGGACGUGUGAAACUCUGGGCUAUAAGCCCUGUGGUGUGAAUGCACACUGUGUGAUGGGCCGCAACAGUGACAUUUCCUGUGUGUGUAACAUCGGCUGGGCAGGUAAUGGUAACAUUUGUGGUCCAGAUUCAGACAUUGAUGGUUACCCAGAUGGCCCUCUUCCAUGCAUUGACAACGACAAACACUGCAGAGCGGACAACUGUGCAAAUACCCCAAACUCUGGGCAAGAGGACACAGAUGGAGAUGGAAUUGGUGAUCAGUGUGAUGAGGAUGCAGAUGGAGAUGGAAUUAAAAAUGUUGAGGACAACUGUCGUCUGGUGCCUAAUAAGGACCAGCAGAACUCUGACACAGACUCCUAUGGCGAUGCUUGUGAUAACUGCCCAAACGUUCCCAAUGGAGAUCAGCUUGAUACUGAUGGCAAUGGCAAGGGAGACAUCUGUGACAAUGAUAUUGAUGGAGAUGGCAUCCCUAACGUGUUGGAUAACUGUCCUAAGAUACCCAAUCCCAUGCAGACUGACCGAGAUGGAGAUGGUGUGGGCGAUGCCUGUGACAGCUGUCCUGAGGUCAACGAUCCAUUGCAGUCAGAUAUGGACAACGAUUUGGUGGGAGAUGUAUGUGAUACAAACAAGGACAUAUGCCUCAAAACGCGUAUCCGCAUUAGUCGACUUCAGAGGGUUAAACAAGCCAUCAAAAUGGAAUUCUCAGACCCAGAGUCUGAACACGGACUGAUCCCUGCCCUAGACACCAAACAGGGCUGGCAUGAAACUCCCCAUGGUUACUACCACAGACUUCGACGAGCUUACUUUGGAGCUCGCAAUUACCCUGGGAUGGCGGAGGACACUCAGUUCCUAUACCAACUGCAUGCAUGCAUCAAGGAGGAGAUUCUUGCCAGUGAUUUGCCAUCUCGCUUUGAACAGCUGGUUGAGCUGGCAAUCUGCCUCGACAAGCGUUUUGAGUUGCGCGGCCUCGCCCGCACCCUCGUUCCUGUCCAACAAACUGCUUCAGCUGCCGUUUCGCCCUCGUCCGUGACUUCUUUUGAACCCAAGCCUAUGCAACUGGGAGGUGAUCACAUCUCCGCUGCAAAGCAACAGCGCCGCAUUCAGGAGGGACUCUGCAUGUAUUGUGGCGCUCAGGGGCAUUACGCCGCAGGGUACCUGGAGGAACCCGGUGAUUUAUCUGGUGUCCCUGAGGAGUACCACGAUCUGCGAGCGGUGUUCAGUCGGUCACGGGCUGCUUCUCUCCCUCCCCAUCGACCUUAUGACUGCAGCAUCAAUCUUAUCCCCGUGCGCAUCAAGGAGGAAGACAAGUGGAAGACUGCUUUCAAUACUUCCUUAGGCCACUUUGAAUAUCGGGUUUUACCGUUCGGGCUCGUCAAUGCUCCGGCUGUCUUCCAGGAGCACGUCCAGCAUGUUCGUUGCGUGCUUCAACGUCUGCUAGAGAAUGACCUUUUUGUUAAGGCCAAGAAGUGCGUCUUUCAUGCUAGUUCUGUAACGUUUUUAGGCUCAGUCGUGUCCGCGAAUGGGAUCAGUAUGGACCCUGCCAAGGUGCGCACCAUUACUGAUUGGCCUGUUCCUGACUCUCGCACAGCGCUCCAGAUGUUUUCGGGAGUCAAGAAGCUGUUGGCUGUCCGCCCUCGAGGGCAGGGUUUUCAGUACUUGGUCGAUUGGAAGGGGUUCGUCUCAGAGGAGAGAAGCUGGAUUCCGGCCCGGGACAUCCUGGACCGCUCGCUCAUCGAGGACUUCCUUCGCUCUCGUCAGUCUUCUGCCUGA